AACUGAACCAGUGGACAGGAACCACCUGCCACUGACGAACCAAGCCCCACGUUUGGCCGUCUCCGGUUAACCGGCCUCCUCCUCAACCCCCAUCCUCUCUUCAAUCCUUCGAUGCUCCAACACCUCUGAUCUCACGCGCUGAUCAGCUCGCCUGACACGCCGAUCGCCUCUUGUGGACGACGAAAAACCAUUGGUCGUUGGUUCGCGCUUGCGCGCGCGCCAAUUCAGCCGACGACUCCUAUGGCGCCUCAGCCUUUGCACUGUCUGAGGCUGAGCCCUCUCACCGGCCAUGCAGUGUGCAGGUGCUCAGGCGUCCCGCUCUUCCGGAAGCGGCUGCCGCUCGCCGUCGCCUUCCCCCGCGCCGGCAGCUCCGCCGCCUCCUGCUCGGCCGUGCAGGAGUCAUCCACCUCCACCACUGUUAGCGAGAAGAAGGAUGCAGCCGAUGACAAGAAGGAAGCCACAGCAGCGGCAAAGGCGGCCGCGAAGCCGAAGAAGGCCCCGGCCAAGCCGCUGCCGGAGAUGAUGCAGGAGGAGAUCAUCCCUCCGCUGAAGGCCGCCCUGGAGGCGGAGAACGUGUCCCGAGUCGAGCUCUCCUUCCAAAACAACACGCUGGAGGGUUCCUUCAUAAAGGAUGACGUCCCUUAUUAUUUUUGGGCCUUCUUUCCGAAAGGAGACCUCACAGGACCGAAGGGCUUUGCGCUAUCGUCUUACAGCCAUGAAGUCAGCACCAUCGAGCCGUUCCUGAUUGAUGAGAAGAGGAUAACCGCCAAGUAUGUGGUCUUCUGGGUUUACAAGAGGUUGGCUGGGCAAGGGAUCCUUCCAGUAUGGAAGGAAGAAGAGGGGGAGGAAGAGGGUGCAAAGUAGUGAGUGAUCUCUCACAGUCACAUACACACACAUAGGGCGCUGUGAAUGAACAUAUACAGUUCAAUCAUGUCUGAUCGUGAAUGUGCAAAGCUGUAAAGUUCAUCUGCUGAUAAUACCAAAAAAUGUUGAUGGUCC